UACAACUGCAACUGCAACUGGGACUUUUCCGCGACUCGGCCGGCUACCUGACGACGAGCUCUGCAACUUUGCGAAAUCCUCAUCACGUCGCGCGCCUUUCAUAUCUUGAGCCAACACCAUCGGCUCUUCUUCUCUCGCUCACACCUCUCCCUUUUGUUUACAUAGAUAGCAAUUUCUACUCGCAACGCUGCGCUACGCUACAUUCUGCCAGCACCCACCCGCCGGCCAAACUCCCUCACGAUGGCGUCCUCGUCGCGUAACAGCGACAAUCGUCCAAUUCACCAGGACUUCAUUGCGCGCAUCCGAUACUCUAAUGCGCUCCCUCCGCCCCCGAACCCACCCAAGCUACUCGAUAUUCCCAACACCGGUCUUGCAAGUGGCCAAUACACAGAGCCUGGCUUUGCGUCGCGGCUCGCUCGUGAGCAGCCGCUGAACAUCGAGGCCGAUGCCGAGCUUGGUAUGCCACUGGACCUGGUAGGAAUGCCAGGCAUCUUUGAUGGAGACGAGAGUUCUAUCCAGGCACCUGCACAAGCUCCUCAACCACACCCACACGACAAGCCUCUGCUCAGAUCUAUACAACAGCUAGGCAAGCCCAAGACGGACAACGCCGCAGUCUCCUUCCUUCGCCGUACCGAGUACAUCUCUUCGGCAGGCUCCAAGGCAACGGGCAGCAACCCUCUCCGCGCUCUCAAUACCACCCCAGCAGCUCGCCGCAUAGCCAAGCGGAAGGCUUCUCCGGAGCCUGACAAGGACUCGCCUGCCUAUGUCAAGAGAAAGAUCGACCAGAGCUUUUCCAUUACCGAGCAGAACCUCAGGGACAAGACUCGUAUCCGGCACCCUACGAAACGCAACCUCAAGCUUGUCGAAACCUACCCCUUGUUGCCCGACCUGGAGGCCUUCCCGGACUCUGGCACCUACGUCACCAUCAAGUUUCUUACCAACCCCGUCGGCAAAUCCACCAAAUACGAUUCCCGCCUUCUGAAUGGUGUCUUCAGGCCCAUCGCCAAGACUGACGUCGAGGAAGCCGCCAUCCAGGCUGCCCGCGAGGCAUAUGAACUGGAUCCUCAGAACAACCCUAGACCUGCCGACACCAUGCACUACGACUACUACCUCAACGAUACCGAAUCCAACGGCAAGAAGUUUAGGCAACGAUUCGACCUCGACAACCCAAACCACGACGAUGAAUCCCUCUACCCUCACAAGCACGAUUCCGAAGGCUGCUUCCAGUUCUCCAGAUUACGCGCCUACGAGACCGCCCACGAGACAGAACUUGACCACAGGUCAAAGUAUGACGAGGAACUCAUCAUCGCCUUUAAUGAUGACGAAUCGUCCCUGCACCAGAAGGCUGUCUACUAUUAUCCUGUCAUGCAGCGAUCUCAAAUCAGGCCACAGCGUACCAAGAACAUCGCUCGUAAGAUAGGAAUUGCGGACGAAGAGGAGCAGAUCAUUGACCAAUUGGAUAUCACUGUUGAUGAUCCCUCGGACGAGAUCAAGGAGCAGGCAGAACGUUUCAAGCGCGAUCCUUAUGGCCUUGAGGGUGAGGGUGAGGGUGAGGAGGAGGAGGCUGCCGACGAGGAAGUGCAUCAGAAUGGUAAUGUCCAUGAGGACACGAAUGGUCGAUCGAGAUCUCGAACCCCUCCUGCCCACUCGGACGAAGAGCUCGAUGCUGAGGGCGAUGAAGAGGAUUAGUAAUUCCCUUCUGCUGUACAGCUAGCUGCAUAGAGUGGUCGAGAAAACCGAGAGCAAGUCAUCUCAACUUGCCAAAGUAUGGAGUUCUGAUUGGCCAUUGUUCGGUAAAUGCAUGGGUAUGGCGUGGAAUUUUUCAAAAUACUGUGAUAGAAGAAAUUGUAUGAGAGCAUUUACGUGAUCCUUACUCUGCAUGGAAGAAAAAAAACCAAUCACUCGUAUUUUUGGAAAGGGUUAGUUAGUGUCGUU